ACGCCCUGUCUCUCCCACCGCCGCAUCCCUCCCGCCCUCCCGCGCCGCCGCCGCAGCAAGCAGCCGGCCUACCGCAGCCAUGGCGGACACGAAGGCCUCCACGGCGGUGACCCUCCGCACGCGCAAGUUCAUGACCAACCGCCUUCUCUCCCGCCGGCAGUUCGUGCUCGAGGUCAUCCACCCCGGCCGCGCCAACGUCUCCAAGGCCGAGCUGAAGGAGAGGCUGGCGAAGCUGUACGAGGUGAAGGACGCCAACUGCAUCUUCGUCUUCAAGUUCCGCACCCACUUCGGAGGCGGCAAGUCCACCGGCUUCGGACUCAUCUACGACAACCUCGAGGCCGCCAAGAAGUUCGAGCCCAAGUACCGCCUCAUCAGGAAUGGUCUUGCUACUAAGGUAGAGAAGUCACGUAAGCAGAUGAAGGAGCGGAAGAAUAGAGCAAAGAAGAUCCGUGGUGUGAAGAAGACAAAGGCUGGAGAUGCUGGCAAGAAGAAGUGAGGGACGAUCCUCGCCUUGCUGCUGUCUUUGUCUUAUCAACAUAUGUUUUGUUUAGGAUGGUCUCCUUGUGGCGUUGCUGAAUGUUUAAUUAGAACUAGAAAAGAUUUUGCCAGUUAUGUCAUCAUGAAUGUUGAGGCGCUCGUAGGACCUUGUGGUCAGUUUUGAGGAACAUUGUCAGACACUAGCAUAUAUUCUUGGUUGUCACGGCUCGUUCUGUUGUCUUGAUUGUGAUUUUGUUUGGACACUCUGUGCUCCAAAGGUAGAUGGCAUGCCCCGGUGGCACUGAACUUA